AUGGCUCAGUGCGGCGUGCGCGGAAAUACCGUUCAUCUCGUGCAAUUGUCGCUUCAGUUUGUGCGGGCCCCGGCGUACGCGCAACCCUUGCAACCACCCUGUGGUUUUGUUAUGCGAACUUUCACUAACGGUGAUUUCGAGGAAUUCGUUAUGGAAUGUGAUAAUGGUUUUGAGAAAUGGCGGAAUUCAGCACCACAUUUCUAUGCUGUGCAGUCUAUCGAUAUGAGGAGAUUCUCGUUCGUGCAUAACGUCGAUCCAACCAGGGUGCGCGAAGGACCACAUAAAAAUGCUGAUGACGUUCUGUUUGACAUGUUCAAAAAUGAAGAAACCGGACUUCUACCUGUUGGAAAAUUUUUGGCCGCCCUGAGAACUACUGGUAUUAGAAAAAAUGAUUCACGAGUUAAAGAAGUAAUGCAUAACUUAUACAAGGUACACAAAGAGUCUAACUUCGAAGGAGGUUCACCCGAAACACUAAAACUUGACCGGCAAACUUUUAAAGAAGUGAUUGCACCUAACAUUGUUUUGAUAACUAGGGCAUUCCGUAGUCAAUUUGUGAUUCCAGAUUUCCAAGAUUUUAUUAAAGACAUAGAAGAAAUGUAUUGGGCUGCUAAAAGUAAUACAGAUGGUAAAGUGGCCAGCUACAUACCACAGCUAGCUCGUGCAAGCUCUGACAACUGGGGCAUAAGCGUUUGCACAAUAGACGGUCAACGGUUUUCUAUCGGUGAUGUUAAUGUUCCAUUUACUUUACAAUCGUGCAGCAAACCCCUCACAUAUGCGAUGGCGCUUGAAACUUUGGGUCCCGACGUAGUUCACCAAUAUGUUGGCACCGAGCCCAGCGGCCGGAACUUCAAUGAACUCGUCCUAGACUAUAAUAUGAAACCACACAACCCGAUGAUCAACGCAGGAGCAAUUUUAGUGUGCUCAUUACUAAAGACUUUAGACAAGCCUGAAAUGACACUCGCUGAAAAAUUUGAUUACGUCAUGUCUUUCUUCAGUCGCCUGGCUGGGAACGAAGUUUUGGGUUUUAAUAAUGCAGUAUUUUUAUCCGAACGUGAAGCAGCUGACAGAAACUACGCCCUUGGUUUCUACAUGAGAGAAUACAAAUGCUAUCCAGAAAAAACAAAUCUCCGUGAGUGUAUGGAUUUCUAUUUCCAGUGCUGUUCCAUGGAAGCUAACUGCGACAUAAUGUCUAUCAUGGCUGCUACUUUAGCAAAUGGAGGCAUUUGUCCGAUUACAGAUGAAAAAGUGCUUCGCCCUGACUCAGUUCGCAAUGUACUGUCUUUGAUGCAUAGCUGCGGAAUGUAUGACUAUUCUGGACAAUUCGCCUUUAAAGUAGGACUUCCAGCCAAGUCAGGCGUUUCUGGAGCAAUGCUUAUAGUGGUGCCUAACGUUAUGGGAAUUUGCACUUGGUCUCCACCACUGGAUCCUCUUGGUAAUAGCUGCAGGGGCUUGCAGUUUUGUGACGAUCUGAUCAAAAGGUUCAAUUUCCAUAAGUACGACAACAUUCGUUACGCCAGUCACAAGAAAGACCCACGGCGUUAUAAAUUCGAAUCCACAGGCCUCAGCAUAGUAAACCUGUUGUUUUCCGCUGCCAGUGGAGACAUCAGUGCUUUAAGAAGGCACCAUCUCUCCGGUAUGGAUAUGACUCUAUCAGAUUAUGAUGGUCGUACAGCUCUACAUUUAGCUGCGGCUGAAGGUCACCUCGGUUGUGUGGACUUCCUCUUAGCCCAGUGUGGUGUACCUUAUGAUCCACGAGACCGCUGGGGAAGUCGUCCUCUCAACGAAGCUGAGACCUUUGGCCAUACUGCCGUAGUAAACUACUUAAAGGAAUGGGAACGCGCCCACCCGAAUGAGCCAACUACAGAUGCAAACGCUUCUACAGUCGAUGAGAUGAUACUCGAAGCAAAACCAGACACUAACGAUGCUGUUAAAGAUCCCAGUAUUCAAGAAAUUGUAUCUAGGAAUGGUGACAAAGUACAGUAG